AUGGAGGCGCAGCAGUAUGGUCAACCAAUCCCGCCGCCGGCCGCAUACGGCAUGCCGAACUCGCUUUUUACCCCAGAUGGUACAACCCCAAUGAUGCCCGAAUCAACAUCACACAUGUGCAGCUGUGGCGACGGCUGCCAGUGUGUGGGCUGCGCGGCUCACCCUUACAACGAUGCGACACAAGACUACGUGCGAUCUGCAUACACAAGUAUGCUGGACGACUCUUAUGGAAUGACGAAUGGUACGAACGGCACGAACGGCACGAACGGUACGAAUGGGCACUCGGAGACGGCAACGACCAACGGGACUGGCGCCCGCGGAAUGGACGUACACACGAACGGCGAAAAUGGCGGUUCUCCUGCUGGGCCGCAAACACCUUCCGAUGGAGCCUCAGUGUUGAGUGAAGAGCAGGCACUAUCGGCGAACGACUUCUUCUUCGUGACAUAUCCGUUCAACGGUGACGGAUGCGCUGGCGAGACGUCGUCAUGCCCAUGCGGCGACGAUUGUCAGUGCCUCGGCUGCUCGAUACACAAUAACUCGCCCAUGCCCGAGUCAGGAUGA